GUAAGUAGUGUGCUAGCGUGCAGGAUUGAAACGCAGCAAGCCUAGUAGCCAGCAUACAUUUGUCUGUGCUUCCGCGCGCGCGUGUGUGUGUGUGUGUGCCUGGAUGUAGUUGUGUCGCACAUUGAGGAAAGUCAGCGAUGUGCAUCGAGUACUCAGCGCCAGCAGCAGCAGCAGCAGCAGGAGCAGCAGUAAGGACGACAAGAGUGAGUGCUGCAAUGAUACGCCAGCACCAGCACGGGUAUCACGGUCGACGAUGCUAGAGAAUUAGUGAAAUCUGGCUUUAGUUCAAUUGUCAUCGUCGAGAGUAGCCAGAACGUCGUUUAGGUUAGCAAAAUUGCUGUUGUGGUCGCCAUCAUCGGUGAGGCAGCUAGAACCGAAAGGAAAGGAGAACGGAAACGAAGCCUUCAUUGAUCCACCGCUUUCGCUUCCCCGCUUCUCGAAAGGAACACGCCCGUCGAUAGCGACGUAGUUCCCUGUCGUGAAACGUAACACGUAGCGGAAAAGCGGAACCGAAAUCAGUCGAGAAGUGCAGGGCCUAGUGCAAUAGCGGGUCAGGACGACGGGAUACACAGGUAGCACUUCCAACGUGAAUUGAUGCAUCAUCGGAAGCGACGGAUCGGAAGUGACAGUAGAAGGCAUGAGCCGUAGCCGGCGCUCCUCGUUUGGGCACCAGCACUACCAGCAGCAGUUUACGGUCACCUCGACGAUCAACUACAGCGACGAUGGGCUUCGGUGUGAGGGUACAGGCAGUCCGGGAGGAAUCGCGUGUCCCCCGGGUGGGAAUGGUGCAGGUGGAAUUGGUGGCGGUGCAGGAACAAGCUCGUCACCGUCACGGUUCAGCGAGUCGUCCUACUCCAAUCUGGGCUCCCGAUUGACUGCGUACGUAGCCCAGACGACAGCUGCGGCGGCGGCCGCAGCAGCAGCAGCACAAGCCACAACGACCGGAUCAUCCGCGCAACCGCUCAACAACCUGCCGACACCGUCGUCCUCCUCCUCGUUAUCCUCUUCCGUGACGUACGGGGGCGGAGGUGAUGAGCAUACGGGAAGCCUAAGACCGUGCUGUAUAUCGCCAUCGGUGGUACCGCUUCACCACCACCACCACCAGCACCACCAGCAACAGCAGCAGCAUCACCAUGCGGUGGGACCCUCGAACGGAGCGGCAACACCACUUUCCUCCUCCAGUGACCAUCACCGAUACUCGACCAGCUCCGCACCGAACUCCAUCAUGUAUCCGGAGACACAACGCAAUGGACCGCACCAUCGGUCGAUGUCCCCAAGCUCCAGAACCCGCUAUCCGGUGCCGGAGCGUUUCCGCGAUCCUCCCGCUACAUCGGUGGCAACACCGCCUCCGGUACAGGUUGGAUCGGCGAAGGUGGAUCAGUUCGGGAACUACCUUCUGGGCAACUCACCCCUCAUGACGUCAUCGGAGAGCUACGGUUAUCUGACGUCGACUGUUCACACACCGGUCAAGCGCUACAUACCGACACCACCACCGCCGGAAAGCUUCCAGCAUGAGCCGCCCCUCGGCCCGAGCCUGAUGGCGGGACUGAUGGCGUCCGGUGGUGCCGGCAUUAACAUCAUCGCCUCGCAACAACACCCACCGAUCGGUGGUGCGGGCUCCACUGCUACCCUCAUCAAGUCACUGCCGUACCGGCUGAAGGUGAAACCGGACGGUCGGGGAGCCGAGGAUGCGACCGAUCACUACGCCACUCCACCCCGUGCACGUCCCGUUGGCAUCGUUGGCGGUGGCCAGAACCAUUGCCAGGCGACGCAGAUCUGCAAUUACGGAUCGAGCGGUGGUGGCAGUGGAGGUGCCGGCCGGCAAGGUCUAUUGGGCGGAGAGUACUCGAUGAUGCGCGCCACGACACCGGUCAGCAUCAUGAGCGAACCGCUGGCGGUGCUCGGCGGUGGUCAGCAGCAGUCAUCGGACGACGAGCAGCAGUGUUAUCAGUGUGCGAGCUUGCGCCAGGCGACGGGCGUGCAUCAGACGACGCAGACAUCGUCCGGACCGAUCAGUCCGCAACCCCUGUCCAUCUCGUCGGUAUCGAUGUCGGACAUGGAGCGCCAGCAACAGUCACCGCUCAGCCCACCCUCGGCGAUGCUAUCGUACGCGCAGCAACAACAGCACCAUCAUCCAUUGCAACAGCAGCAGCAGCAGCAACAGCAUCAUCACCAUCACCACCAUCAUCAUCAUCAUCACCAUCAGCAACAGCAACAGCAGGCGCAGUAUCAGCUGGCGACGGGCAGUGACGAUGGGACGAUCAAUACGCAACCGUCGCUGAUCAUCGCACAAUCGCACACACUGAACGCCGCCUGCAGCAAUCCAUCGAUCAUCAUCCAGUAUCAGCAUCAGCAACACCAACAGCAGCAGCAGCAGCAGCAGCAGAUCCAGCAACAACCACUGUACCAACAGCUGCAACAACUGCAACAACAGCACGCACAGCAGCAGCAGCAACAUCACCAGCUGCAACAACAAAUGCAACAACAUCAGGCUCAACAG